UGAGGUUCGAGCGCUCCGGCACGCUGGAUAAAAUCCGUCACUAUGGUGACAGCCAGUUCGUAAAGGACCGCUCCCGAGUAAAGCUAUGUAACUGUACAUACAUAGAAGUACAAACUAUUAUCCCAAGAAAGCUGGUUUUCCGUGCUCAUUUAAGAUCGUAUCGAAGUGAAGUAAAAGCAGUGAGUUUAAAGUGGGGACGGCGGUGCGACAGACGCCCUUCAGACCCUGCAGUCAGUGAAUGAUGUUUGCCCGAAAUUUCGCCGUUUUCCUUUUCUCCUUCUUUUUCGCGCUGCCGCUGCUGUGCCUCCUCCUCCUGCCUCGGACCUCCGCACAGAAGCCAACAGGUCCACGGUGGCUUAUUGGAGACCGGGAAAGCCAGUGUGGUGUCAUCUGCUCGAGGACUCAAGGCAAGCCAGUGUGUGGCUCGGAUGGGCGAAGCUAUGAAACUAGCUGUGACCUACAGAGAGCCAAGUGCAGAGAUCGUACUCUCUCUUUAGCUCAUCGCGGCCGCUGCAAAGGUAAAAGCUGGCAAAAAAUUGACCAGUCCCCUGCAGGACCUGGACCAACAUCCUCAUCAGAGGGAAAGGACAUUGAAACAAGAGACGCUGACCACUCCAAGUGCCGUGCUGAGAGGACCCAAGCCCUGGAUCAGGCCAAACGGCCACAGGAGUCCAUCUUCAUCCCGGAGUGCAAUGAGGAUGGGUCCUAUGCCCAGGUUCAGUGCCACACUUUGACAGGGUACUGCUGGUGCGUCACACCCGACGGAAAGCCAGUGAGCGGAUCCUCAGUCCAAAAUAGGACCCCUGUGUGUUCAGGUUCAGUAACCGAUAAGCCACCAGGACCACCUAGCUCUGGGAGAAAAGUCUCUUUCCGUUUCUUUCUCACCCUUAACCCAGAUGAUGGCUCUAAGCCAACACCCACCAUGGAGACGCAUGCUGUGCCUGAUGGCGAUGAGAUAACUGCACCUACUUUGUGGAUCAAACAGCUCGUCUACAAAGAAAACAAACAGAACAGUUCCAGCACCAGGAGACCAGAGAAAGUUCCUUCUUGUGACCAGGAGAGACACACGGCUCUGGAUGAGGCUCGGCAGAACCCCAGAGAGGCCGUUUUUAUUCCGGACUGUGGGCCUGGGGGGCUUUACAAAGCGGUCCAGUGCCACCAGUCCACAGGCUACUGCUGGUGUGUUCUGGUGGACACCGGGCGACCCAUCCCAGGGACAUCCACCAGGUACCAGACCCCAGAGUGCGACAGUUCUGCACGCUCAAUAUCGCGGGUCUCUGAGUCGGAAGAUCCGUUCCGGGACCGAGACCUGCAAGGUUGUCCAGAGGCAAAGAAAGUGGAAUUUAUUACCAGCCUGUUGGAUGCCCUGACCACCGAUAUGGUUCACGCUAUAAACUCACCAACUCCCUCUGGUGGUGGGAGGUUUGUGGAACCAGAUCCUACCCACACUUUGGAGGAGCGAGUGGUACAUUGGUAUUUUGCCCAGCUGGACACCAAUGGCAGCCGGGACAUCAACAAGAAGGAGCUCAAACCCUUUAAGCGCUAUGUAAAGAAGAAAGCCAAGCCCAAGAAAUGUGCCCGCAAGUUCACGGACUACUGUGACCUGAACAAGGACAAAGCCAUUUCCCUUUUGGAGCUCAAGGGCUGCCUAGGAGUGAGCAAGGAUGGAGGUAGCUCAGUGGGGACCGUGAACCAAGGGCUAAGGCAAGGGACUCGUUUGUUCAUAGGUCGUCUGGUGUGAGGAAGGAUGGCUCCAGAAGCUGAGGGGAGACCAGAGGGUGCAGAGGGAAGGCAUCUGUGUGCGCUCGGCGAGGGAGACGGAGCAGAAAAAAAAUGGUCAAGUUCCAGUUAUUAAAAAAAAAAAAAAAAAGUGGCGCCAAAAUAUUUGCACUUUCUCCUCCCAGUGUUAGGCAUUUCGCUGUUUCGUUUUGUCUCAUUUUGAAUAAGGCUCACUGACUGAAAUGGUAAUGAUAACAGUAAUGUUGUAAGCAAUGGUGAUCAAAAGGAGGAACGGACAGUGUAUUUUUAGCAGUGAUGUCCCUCUCAGCCUCUGCGAUUUGCUGCAGGUACUUUACCAGACCCCAUUCACAUGUUCCUCUGGUAGACCAGUGGAUCCCUCACCUAGCAGUACAUUUUUAACUAUAUGAAAUCUGAGGAAAUCAUCUUGUCAUGCUUGGGGAAAAGAUAAAAGAAAGCCAGACAUAUCCAGUGUAAUAAAAACCUUUUGGCCUAAAGUCCAUCAAUGGCCCAUAUCUCAGUUGAGAAUCUGUCUUUGGAUGAAGCACCUCACUUAUUUCACAUCAUUUAUCAACACAUGGAUUUAAACAGGGCUAAUCAAGCCCUCUAAUAUUAUAAGGUAUCAAUUUGUGUUGUAGCAGUGAUUUAUCGUUACUCAGUAAAUGUCGAUUUCUGGAGUGUCUAUCUCACAGAAUGUCAUAAAACGGGAAAUGCAUUAUGUUUGCAUAAAUUAUAUUAAAGGAAAAAAUGUGAUAGAGUUAGGAGAGCGUUAGUACGGAUCGUUGUAGAAUUUGAAUGUCGAAUGUUCAGGAUUUCAGAACUUGGCAGUCCUUGGCAGCGUCUCAGCAGAAUCACUGAUCCAGAGAGAGAACAUUCAGUGUUUGUCUCGGCAGGAAGGCUCUCAGCCACGCUGUCCUUCAUUUAUUACGACACUGACAUCAUGCCAUGUUAUAAUCACAUCUAUUAGAGUCUAGUGGAUGUUGACAAGAACCUUCUGUCAACAAGAUUUUUUUAAUAAGAGAAAAGAAAGUAAUUAUAGCCCCUGGGGAAGAUUUGGUUCUUUUUCUAAUUAGAAGUGAGGUUUGCCAUCUUUUUUUUUGUGUAUCUGUUUGCUUAUAUGGACAUGUAACUUGUACCAAGAAGCCAUUGCAUUGGCUCAUGGAAGUAAAGGUAAAAUGCUCACACUGUAAAUAUGUAUAAUAUGCUUUUCAUUUUCUGAGAAGUUUUUUCCCCCACAUUUUUUUUUUCCCCUUUUUUUGUGUCAAGCUUGGGUUUUGACUGCACUCCGAAAGCAGUUCCAUCAUCACAAUUAUCAUAAAGAUGGAGUAAAACUGACAGGUUCAUUGUCCGUAAAAUUAAAGUCAUACAUGUUAGAGAUAUGAGUAGGUAGUUUAUUGAAUUUAAUUAAUUUGCUACACUUUGCUUCCUUUUUAUAACCAUUCAGAUCUAAAAACAUCAGUGUCUGGCAUACCUUGUAAGGAAAUGGAGAGUGUUUAUUGUGUUUUUUAGGCUGAAGUUUCUGGUGUCUUGCCAGUGUUCCAGUGAUUUUAGCCGGCCGUUUUGGCCCAGCUUGGCCCAGAUGGACUGAUAAUAUGGCGGCCCUCCCCUCUCCUCCUUUCAGCUCCUGGACCCUUAGAAACACUAGGCCUGUGUGUCUGCUCAAGUGCUUCCAGACCCCUGGCACAUUUUAAACAUCCAAAUUGUUUAGUGGAAUAGACGCGGGUGUAAUCACAGUUAAUCUACACGAGGAGCCCUUGUGUAGGAGGUUCACAGAGACCUUUGUGGACAGAGCAAAAGAAAUGGUUUUCUCGACGUGUGACCUUGUGGGGCACUCUGAGAAGGAACCCCUCACGUUGCCUGGUUCGGAGUGAGACGUGUGCCUGUUGGAGCACACCAGUGGCACCUACUGCGAAACAGCAGUAACUGCCAAGCGAAGAGUCCAAA